AUGGACGAGGUGGUCCCGAUUGAAGUUGAUGGGACUCCUUUGAGUGUUCAUGAAGAGGUGAGUGUUUUGAGGAAGAUUCUGGAGUGGAAUUAAGAUUUAGACAUGGGUUUUUUUCGGUAUGUUUUUCUAUGAAAACGAAAAAUGAAAAUCAUAUUCGUCAUCUCAAAAUAAUUUUUAUGUGAAGCCACAAACGCGAAAAUAUUUCUAAUAAUUUUUCAUGACUGUUUAGAAAAUUUCAAUAGUUUUAAUAUUUUAGAAAAUUUAUUCGAUAAAUCAAAAACUCUUAUAAAUUUUUUUUCAAAAAAUUUCAGGCGGUUCUAAAAAUAGAAUAAAAAUCAUUUUACAGGCAUACAAAACUGAACUUCUCCGAAACAUCGAAAUAAUCUACAGUCAAUCACCGAUUGUCCAACGAAACUAUCCGCAAUAUUUCUACAAAUGUUAUGCUGAUCUAAUUGUUAAUUACGAAACAGUUCUUAGCUCGAUUCAAACCAAAGAAGAUUUUGAAGCGAAAAUUGACAUUAUCCGCGUUGAUAUUUCCAGUUUAUUCCACUCAACAAUGAUUUUGAUCAAUCGACAAGAAGCUCCACCACCAGAGAUUUUUGAAGGUCUUUUGUGGAAUUAA